AUGUCUUCUCAAGAGGUUGAUCAUUGGAAUAAUGGUGUCCACUUUUUCAAGAUUAUUCUUGAAAGUACCCUCCAAGAAGAAAAACUGAGAGUUCCUAUCAGUUUUGUGAAAGGGUAUUGGAAGGGAAUAGAAAACCCAGUUACCCUAAGGCUACCAAAUAUGAUUCAAAAGAAAGUUUUUUGGGAGAAAAAUAGUGAUUAUGAAGUUUUGUUUUACAAUGGUUGGAAAGAAUUUGCUAAUUAUUUAUCUAUGGGGGAUUCACAACUUUUGGUCUUUCAAUAUCAAGAAAACUCUCUUUUUAAUGUGAUUGUAUUCGGUAAAAACGGAUUAGAAAUAAAAUAUGAUUUACCAGAGAUUAAUGAAGAAUCUAUUGAGAUUGAAGAGACAGAAAAUUCUUUGCAAAUUAUUGGAAGGCCAAAAUCUUCAAAAGUUUUUAAGAGGAAAAUCAAUCCAAAAGAAUCAAAACAUGAGAAGAGAAAAGUCCAAAAGAAUGGAAGAUCCCAUAAUCUUAUAGAUGUGGACAAUGAAGAUCGGAAGGAGAGAAGUAGGGUUUUGUAUGAUAAAGUGAAGAACACAUUUCACUCUAACAAGGACUUCUUUAUAUGCAUGAUUCAAAAGACAUCCAUCGAAAGAGAUCUCUUGGGCAUACCAAGUGAAUUUGGUAAGAAAUUUUUGCAUGGAAUGCAAGGAAGAAAUGUUACUCUUUUUAUUAACCCUAAGAAAACAUGGAUUGUCAAUUUGAAAUUCACUUCAGAUCAUCGAUAUACACUAAAUGGUGGUUGGAGUAAAUUUCGGACUCAUAAUAAUCUGAAAUUUGGCGAUAUAUGUGUUCUUAUGCUUAAUAAAACCAAAGGAAAAAUUUCAUUCAAAGUUACUAUUUUCUCUCUAGAAAAUGAUAUUUGA